CAUCAACAUGGAGUUUUGGGAUCCUGGUCAGGUCGUUGGGAUUCUGAUUGUCGCAGUCGUUGUGCUGAUUUCUGCAUACAUAUAUUUCUGUUGGACACUUGUGCGAUGUGACAGCAAGGCCGAUUUGACGGGCAAAGUUGCAAUUGUUACUGGUGCCAAUACUGGGAUUGGUUACCACACGGCUCUAGACCUUGCAAAAAGAAAUGCCAGAGUUAUUCUCGCUUGUCGCAACAAGGAAAAGGCUGAACAGGCCAGGGAUGAAAUCAUUGCUGCGUCUCAGAACAAGAGUGUGGUGGUGCAGAUUGUGGACUUGUGCUUGAUGAAAUCAGUGCGAGAUUUUGUGGGAAGAAUUGUGGCAGAAGAGCGACGGCUUGACAUUCUUGUGAACAAUGCUGGAGUUGUUUCUGCAGGGAAACCAAGAGAAGUGACGGAUGAGGGUUUUGAGACACUGUUUGCAGCUAACUAUUUUGGUCCAUUCCUUCUCACUAAUUUGUUAUUAGAUUUAAUGAAAAAGUCAACCCCUAGUCGCAUUGUCAAUGUGUCAUCUGUCGUCAACAAGUUUGGCACCAUAGACUUCAAUAACCUUCAGGCAGAAAAGUCCUUUCAGUAUCACGCCCGAUACUUUGACAGCAAGCUGGCCUUUGUAUUAUUCACCCGGGAGUUGGCGAAAAGGCUUGAGGGAUCAGGUGUAACUGCCAAUGUCCUUCAUCCAGGGAGUGUGUACACUGAUCUCCUCAGGCACUUGAAUCCUUUGAUCAGGAUUCCAAUCCUUGUUUUCAUGAGAUUCUUUUGCAGGUCUCCGGAAGAAGGGGCCCAGACGAGCAUUUACUUGGCUGUCUCCGAAGAUGUGGCUGAGAUCUCUGGGAAAUACUUUGUGGACUGUGACAUCCAGGAAAAAGAAGCCAAUCCGGUGUCACGGAAUAUGGAGCUGGCUGCCAAGUUGUGGAAAGUGUCUGCUGAACUGACUGGCUUGGAAAGUAACUGAAUUCAAAUUGGGUGCUCAAUAAUUUAACUGAAAAAGGGAAUCAAUGGAAAUGGAAUGAGCUUACUGUUUGAACUUUGUCAGAAAGGGUACAAGAGAAAAAUGUCUGCUAAAUAUACUGGCUUGGAAAUUGAAUGAAUGGAAGGUCGCUGCUGAAGUAAGAGGCUUGGGAUUUGAAUGAGUUGAGAAAUCUCACCAGAAAGUGCUAGUGGGGUUUGAAAGUGUCUGUUGAAUUGGAUGGCAUGAAAAGUCAAAAGUAGAAUGAUUUAUUGCUGAACUGGCCAGGAAAAUGAAUGAGUGCCUUACUCGAAACUAAAGAAAUUAUGCUUGAAGGAGGUAUAUAUACAGCGGAGCCUGCUCUGACGACCAUCUAUUCAAGAUAUUUAUUGCAUUUUUAAAAAUAUUAUAAUGUCACUGUGCAAGAGGACUACCUAUCUAAGAUAACAGUUUCUCUCCUCAACAAAAGGUGGCUGUCUUGGACAAGUUUGACUGUAAUUUAUACUCUGCGUUUCAUGACAAAUUGAAUUCUGAAAUAAUUCAUCUUAAUCUCGAUAAUAAAUGUUUGUGCAUUAUUUUAAUUAUGUGAAAAAAGACCUUUCUGUUAUCAUACUUCAUUUGUUACCAUUCAUCUGCCUCAUUUUGAUGGAAUGACAAUGUUGAUGUGAUUUUCUGCUCUCUUCUGCAACAAGCUUGUUCAGUAUCAGCAAAGUUUUGUUCAUGUUAUAGUUAUAGAGACAUUAUUUUAGUGCAGUGACAGUUGCAAUAAUACACUGCAAAGCUUCAGAUGAAAAUAAAAGAAAGAGAUUGGAAAGAACAUGGGCUACCCUAUAGCUACUGAUUGAUAUCAGUACAUAAAGUGGUUCUUUUGACUUCAUGAGUUUAAGAAACGUGAGAUAUUUCAGAUUACCAGAUUAUUUGUUCUGUUAUCAUUCCUUUUUCUGGCCAUGUGACCUUUGGAAGCAACAUUGGUGGGUCCCAUUUCUUCUAUCUCCCUCUGAUGGUUUUUAUCUUUGUGCCUUGUUUUUUCCUGACACUAAAUGACCCUCAUCAUUUUGACUUGCUUCUUUACUCAAACAGAACCUUUUCCCCAAGUGACUUUUAGUACUUCUCAUUUCUUAUUUAACCCUUAAAACCCUGAAUUCUUUUUUUUCAUACCUCCCUAGAAUCCUGAAUUAAAAUUGAGAUACU